UUUACGCAUGCGCAACAGCCUCACACGUUGUUUUGGCAAAAAAUAGCCAGUAGAUAUUACUAGUAGAUAUAGAUUCCCCACGUUGUUUAUCGUCUCUGCUUGGACUCUUUGUAGCUGUUAUUGGCUGUUGCCCAAAUUGGGCGACAGAAAGAAAGCUGAAGUUUAAAGAAAGCUAACUAGCCGGGCUAGCUUAGCACUCUGUAGCUACAAGUGGCAGCAUGGCAGCUGUGCUGGGACUGAUUGCUGGGAGCUACGAGCAGAUAGCCUUUGGUUACCGGGUCAAAACAGACGAGAAAGAAUGGACAGCCAAGGCGGAGUUCACACAUCACGCACACACAGCCUCCAUAUCAGCUGCGGCAGCCAGCGAGAGGUUUGUCGUCACGGGAAGCAAAGAUGAGACCAUACAGCUGUACGACAUGAAGAAGAGGGUCGAACACGGAGCUCUGCUGCAUCACGACGGCACCAUCACCUGCCUGGAGUUUUAUGGGACGUCUCAUUUACUGAGCGGAGGAGAGGAUGGACUCAUUUGUGUGUGGAGCACAAAGAAGUGGGAGUGUCUGAAAUCCAUCAAAGCUCACCAAGGUCAUGUCACAUCGCUGUCCGUGCAUCCGUCUGGGAAACUUGCGCUUUCAGUUGGGACAGAUAAGACUCUCAGAACAUGGAAUCUAAUUAACGGAAGAUCGGCCUUCAUCAAAAACAUAAAGCAGAAUGCACACAUUGUGAGAUGGUCUCCAGACGGGGAUAAAUACGUGGCCGUGGUGAACGACAAAGUGAACGUCUACGACCUGGAGACGGCCUCUGUGAUCGGAACCGUCACAAACACCAAGAGGAUCUCGUCUGUCAAGUUCAUAAAUAACUCCGUCCUGGCCAUCGCAGGAGGCGAUGAAUUUGUGAGGUUAUGUGACCUGAGUAAAGAGGAAUGGGUGUGUGAGUUCAAGGCUCAUGAAACCAGAGUGAAGGCGAUCGACAGUUUAAUGAUGGAGGAUUACUGCCUGCUGGUAACGGCUUCAAACGACGGAUUCAUCAAAAUGUGGAAACUCCAUCUAAAAGAGGAGCUGGAGUCUCCCACUCUCCUCGGGGAAGUGAACACAACAGCCCGACUGACGUGUCUGGCUGUGUGGAGACCUUCAUCGGUGCAGCAGACCGCUGAGGAACCUGCAGCUGAGGCAACAACAUCUAAAGAACUCAUUCAGGAGCUUUCAAAGACGAAGAGAGUCCGAAUUGCAGCAGAAGAAGUAAUUCUAGAAGACGAGAGCAAGCCCAAAAAGAAGAAAAAGGGCGGAGGAAAAUAAAAUGGACAAUCAAUCUGUUUUAUCAUUUAUCGACUGUUUUAUAUCUUGACUUGGUCACAUAUUCAUGUGCUUCUUGUGGUUGCGACACGGAGGUCAUAAAGUACAGAUUUGUGAAUAUAUUUUGCUGUAUAAGAGGAAUAACAAUGGAACAUGAGAUGGGCAACAAUAAAAAAAUGUUUUAUAACCCGUA